AUGUUUCGGUUUCGGAUUGGUGACAGCUUCAGGUCCUCUGAUACGGAUUGGAUGAAGCAGUUGGUCACACCAGUAUCUUUCUUGACAAGAGAAAACGUCGAGUGGCUUGAAACGUUGGAUUAUGUGGUAUCACCAAAAGCUGAUGGGCAACGCAUGUUGCUGCUGUGCGAGCAGCAGACAUUUGAGCUUUAUCUUGUCCACCCGUCAUCGUCAUUGCCGCCCAUCAAGCUGAACGGGAAGUAUUUUGGACCCAGACUCAAGAGUGCUGGAUUCCUCCUGGACGCUGAAGUAGUAGAAGUUGGAACGUCCAGAUGGAUCCUGGCGUUUGAUGUUCUCGCAAUGGAGGCAGACAUGGAAUUUGAUGGCCAUCGUUUCAAAGCGUGGGACCAGGGCAUGGGAUCGUACGAUGUCCCGUGCCUCAAAGAACGGCACCGGUUGUUGGAGUCUCUGACCAAAGUCAUGAAAGUACCAGGGCUGUUGAUGAAGCCAGUGAAGCCCUCCAACGAAGCUUGCAAAGUGAAGGAGAGAUUGCAAACUCUCCCGUAUCCCACAGAUGGGCUGGUUUUUACCCCUGCCAAUGACCACGGCCUCCGGGCACUCAAGUGGAAACCAAAAAUCGAGCUAACCCUGGACGUGGCUCUGGGUGGUCCGAUCGAAACGGGACCAACAACCACACGCUUUGUUGCGUACUUGAUGGCAGAGAUUGACUGCGAUAUAUCACUUCCGGCAAAGACUGCAGACGAUGUUGUUCCUCCUGAUCACGUGCCGUUUUGCAUUUGCAGGUUGACCGGAAGCAUCAGAAUGCUAGCACCAAGAGAGGAAUUCGACAUCCUUGCCUUUGGGCUGAAUCGUCAGAAAUCGUGGGCGGACCCCCCGCAGGACUGCAACGAGGGUUGCCUAUGCAAAGAAAACUCUUUCCUUGACCAUCGUGGGAAAGAGGCGAAAUUUGCCCACUGCCCAAGGUGCGGCUGUCUUGGAGUUGCGUUUGCUCCUAGCUUUGCCUUUCAAUGUCAAGUGGCUUGCAUGUGUGAAAACACCUACCGCGGUUUGCCUAGGGCAGCCACAGUGGACGUUCCCAAGGAUCUCGCGGAGAUGGCGAAGCAUUCAAUUGUUGAGGUGUACAUGGAUGAAAUCAACAAGGAUGACAUGGCGUUGCGAUUCAAGCGGCUCCGCCAAGACAAACAGUGUGCCAACACUUUUCAAGUGGUUGAACAAAUCCGCAAGAGCAUUCUGGAGCCGAUUGAGCUCUCAACGAUCAACUUUUGGGGCACCGAGGCCAAGCCUCUGGUCAUGUCGAAGCGAGCACACAAGGGCGCAUAUCGCCAAGCUUCCAAUGAAAGAUGCAAGUUCGCCUUUGCGACUCUUCGAGUUCACCACUCUCAGAUUAAAGGUUGGCUCUAUAGAGCUUUCGGGGGCAAGCGUGUGAUCGAUAUCUGUGCUGGUGGCUUGCACGAUCUACACAACUGGCUUGACGCAGGGUUGGAUAUGGUUCUGGCUAUUGAGAGAGAUCCAGACCUUUGUGACCGUGGACGUUCCCGGCUCGAAGAGUUUGAGUUCACCCAUUCUGACAUGCGGGUCGAGCUUCUAGAGGCAGAUGCAUCAACGCUAAGCGCCUCGGCAGCAUCGCUUCACCGAGACGGCCUCCCAUUUGAUUCCGUGUUCUGCAACUUUGCCAUCCAUUACCUCUGGGAGACCCCGGAGCAGACUGCACGCCUACUUGAUAGCAUGGCCUCUGCGCUUGCAGAUCAGGGCCGGUUCGUCGUCACGUACCUUCAAGGAGAAAAACUUCAAGAGGAUGGUAUCAAGAUCUACAAUGACGAAGGAGGCAUGGAGUUUUCAGCAGAAUUGCUAGAUGACAAUGGUGCUCUUGUCAAGGUUUUCGUGGCCUCAAUCGGGAUUCCACACGUUGAAAGCGUGGUGAAACUUGAUGAUAUGACGAGCCGAUUCAAUGACGGUGGUUUCGACUUGGUGGCUUCCUAUCCUUUCCCCAUCUUUAUGAACAUGUUUCCAACUAGCUUGUCUUCGCAGGAGUUGCAAAUGUCCUCCCUCUAUGGUGUUGCUGUCUUUGAGAAACGAUCCGUGAAAGUCAAGUCUGAUAGGCCCCAAGAUGCAAUGCUGCCUUCCGCUUUUCCUCGAGACAGAGAAUCGUCGGAUCUUGAGCGGGCUGUGCUGGCAUUCUUGGACAUCCCGGAUCUCAUGAAAGGGCGUUUUGUGUGUAAGUUUUGGAGAUCUGCCAUUGAUGAGUUUCAGGUUCAUGUACCUCGAGCGACAAAAUGUCAAUACUUUUACAAGCACGUGGUUGCAUACAACAACGACGACAAGUAUACCAUGAAUGCGAAGGAACUUUCUGCCAGGGCUUUGGCUUGCUAUCUUCGUAUGGGUGGAGACAUUGCCACGGAGGACGAGAUGAUUCGAUUCGGUACCAACUUUGAGGACGGCAGCGAUAGCGAAAGCGAUUCGGACAACUCUCGAGGGUGGUACAACAGGUAUGACGACUUUUCUGAUGGCGGUUGCUUUGAUUAUGGUGGCUGGUACUAG